AUGCUUGACGUCUUUAACGUCCCUGUCCUUUAUGGCUUCGAUGUCUUCGGUGAUUUGAGUGAGGCCUUUGUCUGCUUUACUUUCAAUUGUCCAUGGUUGUUCACCUUUUUCAAGGCCAUGCUCUCUCAGCUUUCUCAGCUUUUCGGUGACCUGAGUGUUCAACGUCCCUCUAAGCCUUUGAAGCUCCGUGGUGAUCUGGUCUACGCCACCGCCGAUUUUUUAAGGUUGAGUGGUCAACGUAGUUUGUUGAGUGUUAAGGGCAUCUUCGAUGCUUUUGAGGCUUUUAUUAUUUCCAUGCUCAUUUUUAUCCCACUUGUUUCCACUUAG